GAAACAGAAGCUGAUUUACCAUUGUUCGCGUUUCAAAAGAAUUGUUCAAAACAUUAGAAACUUUUUCAAAACCGUAGUGUAAUUUUUUUAUUACGGAUUGAAAAAGAUUUAGAUAGCAUCGAACUGCGUAACUUAUCGUGUAUAAAUAAUUCCUUAUCGCACAAUGGAAUUUAUUAAAAAAUGGCAUAUUUAAAUAAAAGUUUGACGGGAAAAAUUGACGAGUUUCGGUUAUAAGGUAAUUUCCUGCCGCGGCGGUAACACAGUGGUAGGAGAAAACUGACGCAGUCCGAAACGACACGACCAGUUACCACUUCUACCUGCCGGGAGUGAGUCGAUUCAGCAGUACACCUGCUGCAAGUGUAAUCAAAACAUGCCAAAAGGUGCAUAACGUGGUCAAAAUUAUUCAACACAACCUCAAUAAAUUAUUAAAAAAAAGAAUAAACUGAAAAAAUAGAAGAUGUCGAAGAUAAAUGGUAAUAACGCGCGCUUGUGUCACAUCGUCAAACGGGACCACUUCGAUGGUUACGGUUUUAACUUACAUGCCGAAAAAGGCAAGUCGGGUCAAUAUAUCGGCAAAGUAGACAAGGAUUCUCCGGCUGAAGCAGCCGGCUUAAGACAAGGCGACAGAAUCUUGGAGGUGAACGGUGUCCCAAUCGCAAAUAAGACGCACAAACAGGUGGUUGAAGCGAUUAAGGCCGAACAAGACGAAACGAAGUUGUUGGUAAUCGAUCCAGACGACGAGGAUAGACCUGAUGUAACGAAAACGCCGGAGAAGUCAUCGCCGAAGGAAGAAAAUAAGAAGGGAAACCAAGAAGCUAACGGUCCCCUUAAUCUCAACAUGACGGCAGCUGAGUUGAGGGCCACGUUGGCGUCGAAGAAGAAAUUCGAUCCGAAGAAAGAGUCUAUGGACUUUAAGAAAAAGUUUGAUAUAGUGCAGAAAUUAUAGUGAUUUAAAUAAAUUUUUUCGUUUUAUAUCUACUUGGUAAGAUAUUUAGUUAACAGUUAUAUAUUAAUUUGUAGACUUAACUUUUUAACAAAAAAAUAAUGUAUAACUAAAUUCGUGGUUGUCGCGAACGACCUUCGACUGCCUAUUACCACAUUAUUGUAUACCCGGAAAAUUCCUCGAAUCCCGGAUUGGUAUCGCUACUUUUUUAUUAUUAAUCGGCGAUCGUCAGGAUGUGUCAUUAUGCGUUACGUGUUUAAAUAAAGUUUAUUUUUCGAA